GAGAUCGAUCCGUCAAUCGCCCCAACAAAGUGUCCGGUCUAAGACCUUCCAGAUUGCCUAUCAUACCCGACGGUAAUUCUAGUCUCACUAGGGACUAAGGCUAGUGUGAGCCUCUUAGUACAGUUCCUGCUGUAAUAUAGAUAAGUUGACAGUUUCCUCCCGUCCUUUAGUCCUGUCCAAACUUAUUCUGGAUCUCUUCUUUUCUCUUCCCUUCCCCUUCCCCCUCCUCCUUCUCUUCGACAUUUUUGGUAUUUGUCUUCUUUGAUAUCAAUAGACACUCCCAAUAAUGGCCGCACUUAAUCCACGGAACCACUCGCCCUCGAGUGCGGAGAAGGCUUAUGAGGGAGCCCUUCCCGUCGAGCGAGAGCGGACAGGCUCGCAGGAUGAAGGCGAAGAUAUUGACCCGAGUCACAAUCUUCAUCGUGGUUUGAAGUCUCGACAAAUUACUAUGAUAGCAAUUGGUGGUGCUAUUGGAACUGGAUUGAUUAUCGGAACGUACGUAUUUCGUUUCUCUGCACACAGAUUCGUCAUCACACCCUUGCAUGACAAGUCUCGCAAAGGGCGCAGGAUUUUUCCGCUGACAUGAUAUUGCAGGGGAAAACCGCUGGCUCAGGCGGGUCCAGCGCCACUCUUGAUAGGCUAUGCGAUUGUUGGGUUAUUGUGCUUUUUGGUUAUGGCGGCUCUCGGUGAGGUAUGGUGGCUCUUAUUAACCUUCUCAGAUGAACGACUGCUGACAUACGAAAGAUGGCUGCCUGGUUACCAUUGGCGAGUGGAUUUACAGGUUACGCUACCAGAUUUGUUGAUCCGGCUUUAGGGUUCUGUUUAGGAUGGUAAGUCACACUUUUCUACUCGACAAAGCGAAAACUAACGAAUUCCAGGAACUAUUGGUUCAAAUAUAUCAUCGUCACACCCAAUAAUCUUACAGCGGCAUCUUUAGUUAUACAAUAUUGGGUACCGAGAGAUAAAGUCAAUCCUGGUGUCUUUAUUGCUAUAUUCUUGGUUGCCGUCGUCUGUAUCAAUUAUUUUGGUGUGAAAUUCUUUGGAGAAUUCGAAUUCUGGUUGUCAAGUAUCAAAGUGGUUGUUAUAUUAGGUCUCAUCCUCCUAAGUCUAGUCCUUGCAUGCGGAGGAGGACCUGAUAAACAGGCGACUGGAUUUAAAUAUUGGGAAAACCCUGGAGCCUUUCAUGAGUACAUCUUAAGUAAGUAUUCUAUGUAUUUCAAUACUUGGAAUAAUACUAAUAUCACGCAGCUGGACAUACUGGUAGAUUUCUCGCAGUCUGGUCUACUUUCACCACUGCCGUUUUCGCCUAUUUAGGUACAGAACUUGUUGGUGUGACAGUAGGAGAAGCCGCCAAUCCACGAAAAGUUAUCCCCAAAGCCAUCAAACUCACCUUUUACCGAAUCCUCCUCUUCUACGUCGUGCUAGUCUUCCUCCUCGGCAUGCUCGUCCCAUAUAAUUCCAAACUCCUCCUCGACGCCACCAAAAAGAGCAACAAUGCAUCUGCCUCCCCCUUCGUCGUCGCCAUUCAAAUAAGUGGGAUUCAAGCUCUUCCGGCCAUCUUCAAUGCCUGCAUCCUCAUCUUUGUCUUUUCAGCCGCAAACUCUGAUCUCUACAUUGCAUCUCGCACUCUCUAUGGUCUUGCUUCCGAGGGAAAAGCUUUCAAAAUCUUCAAACACACUGAUAAGCGCGGUGUUCCCAUUUAUGCUUUAGGCUUGAGCACAGCAUUCUGUUUCCUCGCUUUCCUAGGUGUAAACACAGCUUCCUAUACCGUGUUCGGCUAUUUUGUCAACCUGGUUACUAUGUUUGGUCUCCUCACCUGGAUCUCCAUCCUCAUUUCCCACAUCUACUUCAUACGCGCGCGUCGCGCCCAAGGAGUUCAAAGCACCGAAUUAGCCUACGAAGCACCACUCGGUAUCUGGGGUUCCUACGGCGCUCUCUUCUUCUGUAUCCUAAUAGCCAUCUUCAAAGGAUUCGCACUCUUCUUAUACAAGAAAACCACGCCCAAAGGCAAAACUCCCGUCUUUGAUUACUCGACUUUCAUCACGACUUAUUUGGCUAUCCCCCUGUACAUUAUCAUGUACUUUGGAUACAAAUAUUCAAUGAAGACUAAGAUUCUAGCACCGUAUGAAGCGGAUCUUUUCGGUGGGAAGGCAAGGAUCGAUGCUCAGGAACAGGAGUAUCUAGCGCAGGAAGCCGAGAGGAGAGGUGGUCAUGAGGAGACUAAGUGGGAGAGAGUUUAUAGGUUGACUCUUGGAUGGGCUUUUUAGAUGUGUUAAUACCAGGAGAGGAGUUAAUGGGAAGGGAGGGGUUGGUGAAUGGAUGGGUGGAUAUCUAGGUUUUUAAAAUAUGAUUUCCAAUAAUCAUUUUGGAUAUUACGAAUUUAACGGAUUUUUUUGAUAAUUU